GGUACUCCCUCACACGAGAAUACGCAGCUGCUCAUAAGCAACCCCAAAUCACAGCCAAAACGCGACUAUUUCGCUCCCUAGUACCGAAGUGGGUGAGUGCCCGGAUGGCGUCGACGGCUUCCCCCAAUGCCGCGCUGAUCGCGGAGAUCAAUGAGCUGAAGAUACAGCUGGCUGCGAAGGAGGCGCAACUGCAGCCGGAGGGUGUCGUGUCGAAGAAGUCGAAAAAGAAGAGCCAGGCGAACAUGAUCGAAACGGAGCCGGUGCAGGGCUGCCGCGACUUCCCACCGGAGGAGAUGCGGAUGCGCAACUACCUCUUCGGCGUCUUUCGCGAGACGGCGCGUCGGUUCGGCUUUGAGGAGUACGACGCCCCUGUUUUAGAGUCGGAGGAGCUGUACAUCCGCAAGGCCGGCGAGGAAAUCACGGAGCAGAUGUUCAACUUCGUCACCAAGGGCGGCCACCGUGUGACGCUGCGGCCGGAGAUGACGCCCUCGCUUGUCCGUCUGCAGCUCGCCAAGGGCCGCUCCCUCCUGCUGCCCGCGAAGUGGUACUCCCUGCCGCAGUGCUGGCGUUACGAGACCAUCUCGCGAGGCCGCCGUCGGGAGCACUACCAGUGGAACAUGGACAUCGUUGGUGUGAAGGGCGUCGCGGCGGAGGUGGAGCUGGUCUGCGCGGCGUGCGCGGCGAUGGAGGCGCUGGGCCUGACCGCGGCUGACAUCGGUGUGAAGGUAAACUCACGCAAGCUGCUGCAGUGCGCCCUCUUGGGCGCUGGCGUGCCGGACCACCUCUUCGCCCCGGUCUGCGUCGUGGUGGACAAGAUGGACAAGCUGCCGGAGGAGGAGAUUCGGUGCGAGUUGCGCGACUUGGGCCUGGAUGGGCAGCAGAUCGACGACAUCAUCCACACCCUCCAACUCAAGUCGAUCGACGACUUCGACAAGGCCACCUACGACAAGAACGGGGCCCUGUCGGAGCUGGCAGACUUCUUUGCGCAGGUGAAGACGUACGGCUACGGCGACUGGAUCACCUUCGACGCCAGCGUGGUGCGCGGCCUCGCCUACUACACCGGAAUCGUCUUCGAGGCUUUUGACCGUAGCGGCGAGUUCCGCGCCAUCUGCGGUGGCGGCCGCUACGACAACCUCUUCUCUCUUUACGGCAGCCCGCAGCCGGUGACGUGCGCCGGCUUCGGCUUCGGCGACUGCGUGAUCGUAGAGCUGCUCAAGAAGAAGAGGCUGCUUGAGCCGCUGCCGCACAAGGUGGAUGAUGUGGUGAUCCCUUUCAGCGAGGACAUGCGCGGUUAUGCGCUGGGCGUGCUGAAGAAGCUGCGGGAACAGGGCCGCAGCGCGGAUAUCAUUCUGGACUCGAAGAAGAUGGCGCAGGCCUUCAGCUACGCCGACCGCAUCGGCGCUGACCGGGCCGUACUCAUCGCACCGGACGAGACGAAGGAUGGCAUGGUCCGCGUGAAGAUGCUGCGCGAGGCGAAGGACGGCGACAGCGACCGCGGCACGCUGGUGAGGCUGGAGGACCUGUAA